GGAUUCUGCGAGUCUUAGAUUGAGUCAGUAGGUCUGUCAGUCAGGGGUUGGAGUCUAAGUGGUUAGGAGUGGUCUGUCACCAUGGUGGACUUGCGUAGUGGGAAGAGCACUAGCCCCUACACCCCUGAGCAGCAAGAGAAGAUGGCCGCCCUAGUGAGAGAAAACAAAGAGAGGAAGAAGCUCGAGAAGCAGGCGAAGCAAAAGGCAAUCGCCGAGGAGCAGGCGGCAAAGAUGAAGAAGUUGGAGGAGGAGAUGAAGAGUGUUCAGCAGGAGGAGGAAGAGAGGAGAAAGGCUGCUGAAGAAGAAGCAGCAGAGGAAGAAGAAAAAGAGAAAAUGCGUAUUGAGAGUAGAGAGGGGAGUAGUGGCACGAAAAAAGAUGAAGACUCGGAGAUGGAGAAAAAGAUAAAAAGAGAGGACGAGCAAAAGUUGGAAUGGAAGUUGAGGAUGAAGAGGGAGAAGAAGAGAAGGAGGGAGGAAGUCAACAGGCUGACCGCAGAGGUGGCGAAGGUGCAAGAUUGUAGGAAAGAAGUGCAGGCCCAGACAGACGGUAAGGCGAAAUGGGAUAAGGUGUUGGGGUACCUGGAGGUGAUGAGCGCAACAUGGAUGGAGGAGCGCCAAGCCAGUUGGAGUCAAGACGUAGCCUCGAGUGCCAUGAGGUCGGGGUUUAGGGACCUUGCGCGCGAUAUGGUUACCCACGUUGGGGGAGAAGUCAGGAAGUUGAGAGACAACAUGGGAAAGUUCUACGAAGGUGCCAUUGAAGAUGCCAAAGCGAUAGCCGCUGUAGAGGGCGAGGCCAGACCCCGUAAAGAGCCAGUAAAGCUCAAGUUCCCAGAUGCAUACGGGGGGAAGGAGGAGGAGAACUUUGACAACUGGGAGGCCAGUGUCAAUAGUUAUGUGUACUUGCAGCAUAUCCUUACAGAAGAGCAAGUCCUCGUAGCUUUCCAGGCCCUCAAAGAUGAAGCGGCCAGUUUCGCCAAAUCCCUUGCGCGCGCAGCAGGUUGUGAAAACAACCUGGUUGCCUAUUCUAAAGUCACUCCCCUUCCUCAAUUCUUCAAGCUACUGAGGGAGCGAUUUGCUGAUCCAACGAGAGGCGUCAAAGCCUCUGAUAAAUGGCAGACGAUCCACUCACGACAGUGGAGUGCAAGAGCACUCAAGGGCGUUAUGGACGACUUGGUAGCCGUCGCAGACUAUGGGGUCACUGAGACCCAAUUGGUCCAGUUAUUUUAUCGUGCCAUGCCAGAGGCCUUGCGUGGGCAUUUCUUUGACAAGUCUCAAAAAGGCCGGCAUCACUUCUGAUGCGUUGAGUAGGGAAGUGGUCUUGUAUGAGUCAAAGUCCAUGCCAGUCACCACCUUCUGGCAUAAGGACCUCGAUAAGGGAAAAAGGUGGAAGCGUCGUACCAUCUCGGGCCAAG